AUGCGCCUGGGCCUGGGACGAAGUCGUCUGGCUCGGUUGACAUCCUUCUCACGGACGAACACUCGACCAUGUGCGCCCCAAAUAUUACCGUUUCCCCAAUUGGGAAAUCCUUCAGUCUCCCCUCGCUUACAGGGCGUCUUUCCGAGCCUCGUCCGAGGAUUUCAUGUUAGUGGCUGUUCAGCGUAUGCGGCCCCCAAAGGCCCAGGCGACUUUCCUCGUCCCGAGUUGGAGCGGCGCAUUGCCGCCAUUCCUAUUGAACGAUACCGGAACUUCUGCAUCGUUGCCCAUAUCGAUCAUGGCAAGAGUACGCUUAGCGACCGCCUCCUGGAAUUUACUGGCACCAUCUCCGCCAAUGGGUCCAACAAGCAGAUAUUGGACAAAUUGGACGUCGAGCGGGAGCGCGGUAUUACCGUCAAGGCCCAAACUUGCACCAUGAUCUAUAACCACAAGGGCGAGGACUACCUGCUUCACCUGGUCGAUACUCCCGGCCAUGUCGAUUUCCGGGCCGAGGUGACUCGAUCGUAUGCCAGCUGCGGGGGUGCUCUCUUGCUCGUCGAUGCGAGCCAGGGCAUCCAGGCCCAGACCGUCUCCAACUUUCACCUAGCUUUCGCCCAAGACCUCGCCCUGAUCCCUGUCGUCAACAAGAUCGAUAUGCCCUCCGCCGACGUACCGAGGGUUCUGGAACAAAUGGAGACGUCCUUUGAACUGAAUCCGGCCGAUGCCGUGCUUGUCUCUGCCAAAACUGGCAAGAAUGUCCCCAGCAUUCUGCCGGCGGUGAUUGAGCAAAUCCCUGCGCCCCAGGGCGACACGUCCAAGCCGCUGCGCAUGAUGCUCGUCGACUCGUGGUACGAUAACUUCCGUGGCGUCAUCUUACUCGUUCGGGUCUUUGAUGGACAGGUUAAAGCAGGCGACAGUCUCGUCUCUCUGGGAACUGGGAACCGGUACACGGUGGGAGAAGUGGGCAUCCAGUAUCCUGGUCCUGUGCCCCAGAGCGUCCUUCGUGCGGGCCAGGUAGGCUAUAUGUUCUUCAAUCCCGGCAUGAAACGGAUCCAGGAUGCCAAGCUCGGGGAUACCUUUACCACUGUUUCUGCCGAGAACCUCGUGGAGCCAUACCCGGGCUUCGAGGAGCCGAAGCCGAUGGUUUUUGUGGGCGCUUUUCCAGUGGAUCAAAGCGACUAUGGUCGCUUGGCUGACAGUAUCAGCCAGCUCACGCUCAACGACCGCAGCGUGACUUUGCAGAAAGACUUCUCCGAGGCGCUCGGUUCUGGCUGGCGUCUGGGAUUCUUGGGCAGCCUCCACUGCUCUGUCUUUCAAGAUCGUCUACGGCAGGAACACGGGGGCAGCGUUAUCAUCACGGAUCCAACCGUGCCUACCCGUGUCGUCUGGGCGGACGGAACUGAGACGAUAUACCAGAACCCAGCCGAGUUCCCAACCACGGAUGACCAUCGCAUGCGAGGUGCCGCCGUUUACGAGCCAUUCGUCAAAGCAACAAUAACCAUGCCUGAAGAAUACCUUGGUCGCGUCAUCGAGCUUUGCGAGAGCAUUCGAGGCGAGCAGAAAAGCCUUGAAUUCUUCCACACCACUCAAGUAAUUCUGCAGUACGAUAUACCGGCGUCACAAUUAGUCGACGACCUUUUCGGGAAACUGAAAGGCGCAACAAAGGGUUAUGCUACUCUAGAUUACGAGGAUGCUGAGUGGCGGCGAAGCGACUUGACCAAACUGCAGCUGCUAGUCAACAAGGUCCCUGUUGACGCUAUCUGCCGCGUGAUACACACAUCACAAGCCGAGAGAUUAGGCCGGCAGUGGGUGACCAAGUUCAAGGAACAUGUGGAUCGUCAAAUGUUUGAGGUUGUGAUCCAGGCUGCAGCAGGCAAAAAGAUUGUCGCUCGCGAGACGUUGAAGCCAUUCCGGAAAGACGUCCUCGCCAAACUGCACGCCAGCGACAUCACCCGCCGUCGAAAACUCCUAGAGAAACAGAAAGCCGGCCGAAAACGACUGCGUGCCGUGGGCAACGUGACAAUCGACCAAUCGGCUUUCCAGAGCUUCUUGGCCAAGUAA